CAUUCACGUAGAUGCAAAGCCUUCAAAACUCGGGGCAUCCAGAAAGACCUCUGUCAAAACUUCGGACAUUGCAUCCAUCGCAGAAUUCAAGCUCGAAGAUACUACCGACAAGAUUAUUGAUAACGAGGACAAAAUGGCCGGGGCUGCAAAUCAGUUGCUUUGGAAUGAUCCGUGCCGGGAGCGUGUUCUAGGUUUCACGGUUGAGAAAAAGCGAACCCGAUUUUGGGACUUUUCGCGAUGUGCAAUCGCAGUGUCCGAGCCUUUUGAUAUCAGCGAAAAACCUGAAUUACUCGUCAGAUUUCUUCUUUUUGUCAUUUUCGCCAAAAAGCAUGAAAUCGGAUUCGAUCCUACAGUGCACAGGAUCUCCGUGGGCGGCGAAGAUUGCUACUGUUAUGAAAUCGGCAAGUCCUUCUUUCUCACCGUUGGGUCGCCGCUCUCCGAAGAAGCUGCAUAUCGGAUGGUCGGGCGUGCUACUCGAGUUUGGGUUGUUGUAACACUGUUUGCCGAUAGUAAUGGAGACAUUGAAGUCGGAGGAAGUAGGUUUCGACGAGGUGACGCUAGACGUGUCCUGAAGGAUGUUUGGUUAUAUGACGAGGCACUCUUCAUCAUGGAGGAGGUAAUCGUCUUUGAAGGGGAGCCGAGGCUUACUCCCAAAAAGCCCCCUCGCACCGAAGUCCAACCUAUCAUGAUGUCCCGGACACACACGCUGCGGAAGCAUGUCCGUUCUGUAGUAAAGGAAGAGUGUGAAAGUCUUUAUCAACUCACCGAUUUCAAGAAUGCUUUAAUAUGCUGGAGAGAUAUGAUCAUAUGUCUUGAUCUUUUCCGUAUCGCUGGCUUCAUUCAUCGUGAUUUGAGUGGAGGAAAUACACUGUUUUUUGAAGGCAGGGGGAUAAUAUCUGAUCUGGAAUACUCCAAGAGGUACAAUGAAGUGUCGAGUCACGAUCCCAAGACGGGCACGCCUGAUUUCAUGGCUGCAGAAUACCAGGCGAAUUAUUUUUUUUUCCUUCCCUCUCCAACAGACACAACCGCAGAACUCAUGAAAUCACAGCGCCAGUGGUUUUCACCCCAUUUUGUACAUGACAUCGAAUCGGUUUACUGGCAAUAUCUAUGGUUCCUCCACAACCGCAUCCCUAAAACUUCGGAACCCUCGCAAUCAGCAUUGGAAGAAAUUAAACAACAAGCUAAACUGUAUUUUGGUUAUGGUAUUGACGGAAAUCACACCCGCUUCGACGUCAUCCGAAACGAAGCAAGCAAUGUGUUGCUCCGAGGUGUCUUGGAAUCUGUGUAUCGCCCUCUCAUCCUACAACUUCUCGAUCUGUCGAUAACUCUGCGUGAAGAAUACCGGCGGGUUGUCAGGUCGCUUCCCAUGAAAAAGAGCGAUGAUGCUUGGCGGCUGGGGGACGUGUUCAAUGGGGAUAUUUAUGAGAAGUUCCUCGGAAAGCUCCAGGCUGUGUUGGAUGCAUACCCGGAUGGGUAC